AUGCCUAACUCUUUCUUCCCGGGUUCGCCAACAUUGCGAACACCAGGAUCUCCAACGAUUCAGACACGUCAAAGCUCAAUAGUGGAGAUGCUGUCUAGCCCACCACCGAUUGAGCAUCUGGAACUUUCCUCUGUGGAUAACUCCCUUUCUAGUCCUGGGUCGCCCGGCAGCCAGUCUAUUACAUUGGGACAGCAGCUACAGCAUCACAGUGGCUCCCACUCGUCAUUGUCAAGAAAUCCAUCUAUGUCGAGUUCCAAUUCCACAUACCUAGGAGGAACUGCGGUUGAAUGGCAACAUAUUCAGUUGGGCGAACUUGUUGAGCAAAACAAGCUUAUCACGAUAAACUCCAAGAUCUCCGUUGAGAAGGCCUUUGAGACACUGGUAAGAAACAACCUCACCUCUGUGCCUGUAGAGGAGUACGAACAUGAUCCAAAUUGCCUGACGUUUGAUUACACAGAUUUGAACUCGUAUUUAUUAUUGGUCUUGAACAAAUUGAAGCCCGAAUCUUUAUUGCAAAUAAACUAUGAGCCAAAGGAAGAGAUUCCAGAGCUUAUUAAGCGUGCUCAACGUGGAGAUCAGGUUCCUGUCUCCUUUGUCAUCCGUCUCACAAACAAGAAUCCGUUUAUUAAAUUGCGCGAACAAGACACUUUGUCUACCGUGGUAGAAAUUCUGGGAACAGGCGUUCAUCGCAUUGCCAUCACUAGAGACAGUCAGCUGACAGGAAUAUUAUCCCAGAGGCGGUUGGUGAAAUUCUUAUGGGAGAACGCACGGCGGUUCCCUUCAAUGGAGCCUUUGCUUAACUCGUCUAUCCAGGCCCUCAACAUUGGGUCAUCAAAUGUCAUUAGUAUCUACGGGGACCAACUAUUAAUUGAGGCUCUAGUCAAAAUGCAUGAUUUGAUGAUUUCGUCUUUGGCUGUCGUUGACAGAAACAAUCAGCUAUUGGGAAACAUCUCUGUGACCGAUGUCAAGCUCGUGUCGAAGUCGUCCAAGAGCGAUCUGCUCUACAAAUCCUGCUUGCACUUCAUCUCUGUGAUUCUGAACUCCCGUGGCCUUGAAAACGGUAAGGAUUCGUUCCCGAUCUUCCAUGUUACCACGUCGUCCUCUCUUGCUCGCACAAUGGCCAAGUUGGUGGCCACACAGUCCCACCGUUUAUGGAUAGUGAAACCGGAUACCCAGUCCUCGAUAUCUUCUGCGUCCUCUGGUCAGGCGCCUCCUUUGGAGUCAAAGAGCAUGUCGCCAUCUCCGUCGUCAAUUUCCAUUCAUCAGCAGCCUUCUCCUGUCUCAGAAUUUGGUGAAUCUCGCAGUAUGGGCAGGCUGGUUGGAGUUCUCUCUCUCACUGACAUUUUAUCCUUGUUCGCUAAGACGCUAGGAAAGGAGCACGUUGAACCAUCGAUUGCACGAAAGCAGAGAAGAAGAUCCAGCAGUAGCGCCAGCAGCAGAACCACCUCUUCACUUGAGAUGUUUAGAAAGAGCGUCAGUGAUCCUGCGGAUAGAUGA